AUGAGAACGAAUCUCGAAGCGGAUAUAUGUUGGGAAAUGGAGAGAAAUCUUCCAGCACGCGGUUUCAGACCCUCGGUUAUGCUUUUGGCUAUGGCUGGUGUAAUGACAUAUGGAUUUUGGAAAGUUGGAAAGGGAAUUAGAGAACAGAAUGAACUCGCCCGUGAAAAGAUGUGGUCUAGAAUUCAUCUCAUCCCCGUGAUGACGGCGGAAACCGAUCGUGAUUUGGUGAGAAGACAUUGGGCGGAUUUGAAGAGGGAGAAGGAAUUGUUGGGUACGGAGACUAGUGCGUAUAAUAGUGAUAGAUACGUCAGACCUACAUACGCUGUUACACCAAGCCAAGUCACUAAGGAUUAA